CCUAGCAAAUAAACCAGCAGCUGCUGGUCCAUGAAACAAGUUGCCACCACAAACAGAGCACUGUAUGCAUGGGACAGGAUGUCUUCAUGGAGCCCUUCAGCAGCACUGCCAGGGUCUUUCAGUGCAAAAUAUACCUCCUUCUCUUAGGUGCUUGCUCUGGGCUGAAGGUAGCAGUGCCGUCACACACCAUCCAUGGCAUCAGGGGCCAAGCCCUCUACCUCCCUGUGCACUACGGAUUCCACACUCCGGCAUCAGACAUACAGAUCAUAUGGCUGUUUGAGAGACCCCACACAAUGCCCAAAUACUUACUGGGCUCCGUGAACAAGUCUGUGGUUCCCGACUUGGAAUACCGACACAAAUUCACCAUGAUGCCACCCAAUGCGUCUCUGCUGAUCAACCCACUGCAGUUCACUGAUGAAGGCAAUUACAUCGUGAAGGUCAACAUUCAGGGAAAAGGAACUCUGUCCGCUAGUCAGAAGAUACAAGUCACUGUUGAUGAUCUUGUCACAAACCCGGUGGUGCAGACUCAGCCUUCCUCUGGGGCUGUGGAGUAUGUCGGGAACCUGACCCUGACAUGCCUUGUGGAGGGCGGCACCCGGCUGGUUUACCAGUGGCUAAAAAAUGGGAAGUAUAUCCACGCCGGCCCCACCUAUACCUUUUCACCCCAAAACAACACCCUUCAUAUUGCUCCAGUGACCAAGGAAGACAUUGGGAAUUACAGCUGCUUGGUGAAGAACCCUGUCAGUGAGAUGGAAAGCGGCAUCAUUAUGCCUACCAUAUAUUAUGGACCUUAUGGACUUCACGUUAAUUCUGAUAAAGGGCUAAAAGUAGGGGGAGUGUUUACUGUUGACGUUGGAGAAGCCAUCUUGUUUGAUUGUUCUGCUGACUCUUAUCCCCCCAACACCUACUCCUGGAUCCGGAAGACUGACAAUACAACCUAUGUCAUUAAGCAUGGGCCUCACUUGGAAGUAGCAUCUGAGAAAGUAGCCCAGAAGACAACUGAUUACGUGUGCUGUGCUUAUAACAACGUAACUGGACGGCGAGAUGAAACUCAUUUCACAGUCAUCAUCACUUCUGUAGGACUGGACAAGCUUGCACAAAAAGGGAAAUCGUUGUCCCCUUUGGCAAGUAUAACUGCAGUAUCACUCUUUUUGAUUAUAUCCAUGUGUCUUCUCUUCCUAUGGAAAAAAUAUCUACCCUGCAAAGUUAUAAAACAGAAGAUAGAAGGCAGGCCAGAAACAGAAUACAGGAAAGCUCAAACAUUUUCAGGCCAUGAAGAUGCUCUGGAUGACUUUGGAAUCUACGAAUUCGUUGCUUUUCCAGAUGCUUCUGGUGUUCCCAGGAGGCCAAGUAGGUCUGUUCCAGCCUGUGAUGGCGUAUCAGGACAAGAUUUGCACAGUACAAUUUAUGAAGUUAUUCAGCAUAUCCCUGCCCAACAGCAAGACCAUCCAGAGUGAGCAUUGAUGGGCAAAGCUGUGCACUGGAGUGAAAUAAUGGACCAUUUUGAGGGAAAACAGUGGAAAUGCACAUUCAUCCAAAAUCAGUGAAGAAAUCGAGCCCCAUACCUCUUACUCAUUACUCCUUUUAAAUGCAGAAUAGAGUCAUUCAUAAAAAUUGGACUGCAGGUUUUACGGUACACACACAAUGCCUUGUGCUACAGAGAAGUGUGGUGGGGGAACAGUCCUCAGUAGCCGGUCUUUAUCAUGAAUACUUGGAGGAAAAGGAGGGGACUUUCCCAUUGCUCUUUUUGUAUCAGGUUUCUCUAAAAAGCUCAAUUGGUUCUAAUUUAUACUUUCAUCUUCAUCAACAUUGGCACUACCCUAUCUAAGCCACAAAUGUGGAAACUUCUUCAUAUUUGUAAAAUUUUUAACAGGCAUACUAAAUUCUCAUUACUGUUAAACUGGUAUGUUAAUUUUUUAAAUUUCAUUCCCAGAUUUCCUUCUUGCUCUUUGUGCCACAGAUUAGUAAGGAUGGUUGCCACAGAAGCAAGACUGCCUUUCCUAGGUUGUCAGUCACCUCGAUCACCGGUGGCAUUUCUGAAAAGACUUAUAUGACACUGAUGAAAAUUACUUAACUAGAGUCUUAUUUUUAUUUUUUGUUCAAGGAAAGAUGGUUUCAAAUAAAUUAUUCAGGUUUUGCUUUUAUAUGGCCUUGAUUCUUUGUCUUGUAGAGUAAAAAUUUACAUAAAAGAUUGUAGAAUUAGAUUUUUUUAUCCUUAUUUCACAAUGUGCAAUAAAGCGUAUAUUACAGAGAACUACUCAAAUAAGAAUCUUGCUCUC